AUGGAAGAAUAAAUCGGGAGACAAUUAUUAGCAUCUAAUCAACCUACUGACACUUUGAACUUGGGUUCUUAGUAAAUUGAAGAUUUGGAGUAUUUGGUCACUAAGUAUAUAAGCAAGCUUAAGAUGCCAGUGUAAUCACUCAACCUCUCUGACAAUAAAAUACAGUACAUUCCAGAUAAUAUAGGUGAAUAUCUAACAGAAUUAGAAAUUCUAAAUGUUAACAAUAAUUGCAUCAAAGAUGUAUUUGAGGCGAUUGAUUCGAUUGGUUCACUUUCUAAGUUAAGAUCUCUUUUCAUAAACCUAAAUAAGGAAGAGUAGGUAGAUUAUAUUCUUAAGAAAGUUCCUUAGCUUGAAUAUCUUAAUGGGCUGCAUGUUGAUAGAGAUGAAUUAUAUCAAAGUAACAGUACAGUUAGACAUGAUUAGGAGUAAAGCAUGAUGCAGAAUUUUAUUGAUGAUUACCAAGAAUAAUCAGAAGAUAGGAUCAUACCUUAACAUCAUUAGCAGUAAAUGCAACAUAACAGUAGAAAUAAAAAUAAAAAUCAAUUACAGAUGAAGUCUAUAGGACUUAACAACAAUAACAACAAUGACACUAUUUAUGAUGGAAUGAUGACUGAAAUCAGGGAAACUAAAAAUGAAGAUUUUAUUAACACUUAAUCUAAUCAAGGAAUAAGUGAUUAAAAUUUAAUACUAGGGGAUACAUAAGAACUUUAAAAUCAGCUUUUAGUUGAUAUCUCAGGACAUAGUCUGAGGAAUACAUAAGAGUUUUAAAGUGAGGAGGAUAGUGGAACAUAACAGAUUAUUUUAAACUUUUAAAAACAGUUGAAUGCACCAUAAAUUAUUUAGAAACCCCCUGUUUAAAGCAGAUCAAGCCACAAAAUUAUAAAAUAAAAUUAGUCUGGAUAUGCCUUGCAUAGUAACACUAAUCCUCAUAAUUUGUUUAACGAUCCUGAUCUGAAUUAAGUUUACCAAAACUAUUCGAGAAAAGGUUCAACAGCUGCCAAAUCUUCUAAAUCGAACAGAAGCUUAAAGAAGGUCAAUAGUGAAUUUGAUGAUACGUCAGAAUAUGUAGCAGAUGAAGAUCUCAUAAAUCCUGAUGAGUUUGAGGAAAUAGCAGAGAUCUAUGAUACAAUUAGACUACUUCAUUCCAAAUUAGAUUCUUCAAAAGACAUGUAGCUUGCCCAAGAUUUCGACUAUAAACUAAAAUCAGUAAUGGAGGCAUUGAGUGAAGUUGUUAAGAGUGAAAGAAUUGGGAGAGAAGUCAAAAAAGAGAGGAGUUUAAGUAGUAAAUAAGAAUUAUAUUCAAUGUGUGCUGAAAAGAUAUCAGAUUACAUUAAGGAUUAAUCAAUAAAAUCAAUCAAUAACUCUCCUAAUAGGAAAGGUAAAUUGUAAGUUUCAAAUGUAAUCUCUGCUGUGUUUGAGGGAAUGAGAGGAACUUACCUAGAUUUACAGGAGGCAUUUAUUGAGUCAAUUUAAAAAUCAGAUUUACUUAACCAAGAGCUUCAAAAAAAUAAAGAUGAAACGCAUCAGUUGCUAUUAGCAGCUGAACAUCUAGAGAACCAGAAUAACUUUCAUAAAUAAGAGAUGAUGUUGCUGAAAAACGAAAAAAAUGAAAUGUAAAAAUAUAUUCAGUCACUUGAGUAAGAAAAUGAGAAACUGAGAUCGCAAAUGGACAAACUUUAAAAAUCCUAUGAUUCUCGUGAAUCUAGAGAAUAGGUGAUAGAUUAUCCAAAGUAGAUUCCUCAAAAAUAAUUGUAAGAAUAGCUCCCUAAAACAGUAUAAAAAGUUUAACAAGUAUAGCAAUAAUUGUAAUAACAUUAAUAAUCACCAUAAUCUGCUAGAUAAACUGUAAGACCUUAAAGCUCUCGUUAAUAGGUUAAUCAAAGUAACUUAAGCCUAUCAUAAAGAGAAUCUUCUAGAAAAAGAAACUUAAUUAAUGCUUCAUUCUAAGUUGCAAUGCACAAGCAAAACAAUAGUUUAAGUGGAGGAGGGACUGGAAAUACACACUCACCAGUACCAAUUAUUAGAGAUGGGCAUUCCAUUACGUAGAGCUCUAGAUUCACUAAUUUUCAUCAGAGAAAUACAAGUGAGUAGACUAAUGGUAGUUUAGGUACAGUAAAUAGUUCAUUGUAUCAUGCAUUUCAAUCAGGAUUUAAAAAGAAAAUGAACUUAAAAGGGGGAAUGGGAAGUAUUCUUGGAUAAUCAUAAAAUAGGAAUCUGUCCUUAAAAUAACUUAAAGAUCUUAUCAAUGAUAUCUAUCAAAAUAAAACAAAAUUUGAUUAAAAGUGUUAAGAUAAUAAGUAGCCUAGGGAAACUAUGGAGUAAUAUAUGUAUACUUAUCUCAAUUAAAGAUAUGGGUUAAAAAAUCUAAUAAUAGAAUGGGCUGCUGCAAUAAUCUAAGGAAUUAAGUAAUUCUCCAAAGAUGAUCAUGAAGUUGCACUCUUUGGUAAAAUUUUAAGAAAUGAAUGUGAUGAAGAGUUCAGAUUCAUCUAAUAAACUGUUAAAGAUACUGUAUUUGCUUUACUUAAAGCAAUACUUAGAGAAAAAUAUCCUUCUAAAACAGAGGACUCUCUUAAUGGAAUCAUAGAAAAUAUAACCGGCAAUAAUGGAACGGGAGUUAUCGAAGUUUGGCAAUGGCGAAAGAUCAUUGAAAAAAUGUAUGAUGAUGAGGACUAUUAGCAACUUGAGAAUUAGUUGCAUUAUAAAUUACAGAUGCAAGUACUCUAAAAUUCCUCUAGCUAAUCUGAUGAUCAGUUGCUCAGUCUGAAUAAGGUUAAAAUUAAUAAAUCUGGGGCUGGAACAAAUCUGAGCAGUAGCAGUAACACUCUUCUGAAUGCAAUGAAAGCAGGUGUAAAAACGAAAAUGACUCGAGGCUAGAGACAGCAGCUGGAGACUGAGGGUUCUAUGAAUAAGCUUAAAUUUUGUACUUUCCUUAAGACAGUUUUAGAUUUUCAAUUGAAAGAACAUGAGAAAUUCUUAAGUAAAUUUAUACAUGAGUUUAAAAACAUCGAUAAAGAUCAUGAUGGAAUUAUAAACGAGGAAUAAUUUAAAUAGAUGAUAAGUGUAUUUGGAAUAGAUAAGCAAAGAAUAGAUAAAUUUUUGAAUCUCAUAGACCCUUUUAAUAAUGAAAAAAUCACAUUUAGUGAGUGUGUGCAGCUUCUAUCAUCUGAAACAGUGAUAAGUUAAGAAGGUGGGGAAUCAGCUGUAUUAGAAUAUAUAGCAAACUAUUAUUAAAAUUGA